AUGGCCAGGUCCAGGCCGCUCGAUCACUGCUUCAGGAGCAGAGACAAAAAGCCCGCAUGUACCGUUCAAUCUCCCGGGUUAUUAAUAAAGUUCAACCCGUUUGCCCAGUACCCUGCCACAUCUCAUCCCCCUCGGGCAUUUCAUGCCAGUAGUAUCCGUUACACGGGCAGUUCUGUUUUCAGCCAUCGAAAGUUCUAG